AUGGGUCGGUGUGUGGCUAUUGGAUGUUAUGUACUUAGCACUUCAAAGUUACAGAUUUUGAAACAAUUUGUAAAGAAAUCUGCAGUACCAACACUGUUUUCUUGGAACAGUGCGUCAGGUCAAGACACUUCUGCACGAGCUGAACGUUUGAAUAGAAGAAAUGUUAAGCGUUGCCUCAUACCCAGCACUGUGACAGAAAAUUAUGAAUCUGUAGUUGACAACAACACUGCUGUGUCUGUGACUAAUGAUUCAACUGACCAAGGCUACGCUCAUGAGGUUGAAAUUUCAAGUAUCAGUGAUGAAAAUAGUGAAAGGUAG